GUGGUUUUGCUGCCUUCUCCUCCUGCUUCCCGGGGCUCUGUGAGGGGAAGCCGGCCCCCACUCUGCCUAUGAGCCUGUCCCAGCCCUGCCUGUCGGUGGCCAACGUCGGCCUGACGCGGAUCCUCCCCCACCUGUACCUGGGCUCUCAGAAGGACGUGCUCAACAAGGAUCUGAUGGCUCAGAAUGGCAUCACGUACGUGCUGAACGCCAGCAACACCUGCCCCAAGCCCGACUUUAUCAGCGAGAGUCACUUCAUGCGUAUUCCUGUCAACGACAACUACUGUGAGAAACUGCUUCCAUGGCUGGAGAAAACCAACGAGUUCAUUGACAAAGCAAAGGUGUCAAACUGCAGAGUCAUUGUGCACUGUCUCGCUGGGAUCUCUCGCUCAGCCACCAUCGCCAUCGCGUACAUCAUGAAGACAAUGGGCCUGUCAUCGGACGAUGCCUACAGGUUUGUGAAGGACAGGCGGCCCUCCAUAUCCCCCAACUUCAACUUCCUGGGCCAGCUGCUGGAGUUCGAGAAGGGCCUGCGGCUGCUGCAGGCCCUGGGCUCCGGGGCCGACGCCCGGGGCUCGGAGCGCCGGGGCCCUCCGCCGCCGCCGGCCGAGGUCAACGGCUGGGCGGGGGACGGCGGGGAGCUGGCCUUCUCGGCGGAGCCCAAGCUGCCCUCGCCCACCUCCCUGCAGCACGGCUUCAACGGCCUGCACCUCUCGGCCGAGAAGAUCCUGGACACCAACCGGCUGAAGCGCUCCUUCUCCCUGGACAUCAAGUCGGUGUACGCCCCCAGCGGCCCCCACAACCAGCGGCUGGUGCCCGCGCACUCGGAGGACGUCCCCAAGCUGUGCAAGCUGGACAGCCCCGGGACGGGCUCCUCCGCCGGCGUCUGUCCGCAGUUCUCGCCCGUCGUCCCGGACAGCCCCGGGUACCUGGAGUCGCCCUUCCCGUCCCCGGCCUGCGGGGGCAGCAUCGGCGGCCUGGGCUCCGGCGCGGCGGAGGGGGGGCCGGCGCGGUCGGCGGGCUCCUCGGCGGCGUCCCGACCCCGGAGGAAAGCCAAGCACAGCAGCUCGGGCAGCAGCACCAACACCUCCCCGGUCCACUCCCACCCCCCCGCCCGGAGCCCCGCCCUGGACGACCCCCUCAAGGGCUCCCUGCUGCUGCCGCUGCCCGGGCCCCCCAGCGCCGCGGCGGGGGCCAUGUGGACCAAGCACCGCGACACCGUCCAGGCAACCACGCCCGUCACGCCCACUGCAGACGCACCCUGGGCCUUCGGAGCGGAGGAGGGCGGCCAGGGCGGGAUGGAGCUGGGAGGAGGAGACGGCAGAGAGCCGUCUUCCGCGCCGUCGUCCUCGGUGAAGUUCGGCAGCAGCUCGGCCUACGUGGCCUUCGGCUGCAGCGAGGGCGGGAUCCGCCUGCGGGACAAAUCGCCGCCGCAGCGGGAGCGCCGCGGCCCGGCGGCGGCGGCGGCGGCGGCCGUGUCCAACGGCACGUCGGCGUCCGGCUGCAGCGGCCCGACGGCGGAGAAGCAGUUCAAGCGGCGCAGCUGCCAGAUGGAGUUCGAGGACGGGCGCAUCUCCGACACGCGGUCCCGGGAAGAGCUGGGGAAGAUCGGGAAGCAGUCGAGCUUCUCCGGGAGCAUGGAGAUCAUCGAGGUGUCCUGA